UUAAUCUAUGUCACAUACAACACGUAUUAAUGUAUUUUAAUUACACACGAUCUUCUUGUAUUGUGUCAUUCUGUACUGUUUAGCUUUUUGAUGCAUUAUUAACUAAUGAUUAUUGUUUCCUUUUAUUCAAUUACCAAUUUGUUUUACUGACGCCACACAUCAAGUAUGGCACAAAUAAUGUCAAUAUCAUGACAAAUUUGAACGAUUCCAAUGCUACAAUGUAACUGAGAUUAAAAUAUGAAUUAAAUAAGCACUAUACUCUCUGCAUAAAAUUCACCGUAAUCCCUCUGCAAACUAACCUGAUAUUUGAGACGAAAGACGGGAUACAGCUCCCUCCAGUGGGCAUGCGCACUUCAAUACCGCAUAAUUUUUGUCACGCUGAAAACAGUUGAUUAAUAUUUUUUAUUAUUGUAAGGUUAGGUUUAGGGUUGGGUAGGUGAAGGCGUUAGCUAAUGUAAAUUGUUGUAAUUAUAUGGCGAGAUUUUGCACAACCGCCAUAACCAGACACGGGCAAUGUCUGUCAACAGCUGACGUCAUUUCCUUCAGAUCGUUGCCAGGUAACGGGACGCAGACUGCAAAUGAAAACAUGUUUGCAUGGUUUUGUAAAAAGGUAAUAGACUGUAGUGUAAAUAAACUGUAUUAAAAGUGUGCCAGACAUGAGUCUCGUGCACGAGUCUGAGCGGAAUUCAUGCGCGUGGAGACGCGGAGACACAUUUCCAAGUAUCCGUGCGGUAAGACUCGCUUCACUUUCAUCUUUCCAUCUAUUAUACUCAAAUGUCAUGACGUGCUGUGCAUAUGUUCUCAAUAUGAUUUCCAUUUAAAGGCAGGAAAGCUCAUUCCAGUGGGUGACAGAGCAAAGACUUGUUUGCAGGAAAUUACACCAAGGGUGUGUGUAACUCCACCUGUGGUCAGAAAGUUUGUCCGUUCGGCUCAGCCGGCUGUAGGGGCAGUUCGAGUGUUUCAUGGAAAGGCAAAUGAUCCAGAUAUCGCAAGUGCUGUAGUUCAUGGUGUGAGCACUAAAUCAUCCAUAACUGCCGGAUUAGUAAUCAACCCUGCACCAAAGACACGCUUUCAAGAAAGCCUGCGACACCUUCAAGAAAUCAAUUAUGCCACCAAUCGGAACGCUCCUCUUGGGCGGUCACAAGUUCAAGGGCCCGGUUUGCCAAGUUGGAUUGACCCUGAGAAAACAACUUUUGGUGUCACAACCCUCAAAUUUUCUAAUGCUGGUGAGAUCAUCAAUCCACCCAAAACUGCACAUCAGGUGCAGAUGGAGGCUGAAGACAAACAUCAACUCUACAUUCGCUCACAUGGCUCCUACUUUGUAGGGGAGCGUGUGGACCGAAAAUAUAACUGCGAUCACUUUGACACAGAAAGCCACUUUGGUGUCCCAACACCUCAUCGCAAUGACGGCAGGAACAUCUCCAGAUGUCUCCACUGGCUUUGUGACGCACAACCAAACAACAGUGCAACAUUAGCUUCCAAACGCUGUGAUGACUUCAGAGAGAAGACUCAGCCGAAGACAGGCAAAGUUCAUGACCCAAUUGCAGAGACAUUAAAUGUUCCCAAGGAUCACACAUUUGGAGUCUUGAUGAAACCUGACGGCUUUGGUGCAGGUGACCUCCUCCAUCAGACUCCACCUGACGAGUAUCUGAAAGGUAAAGACAGACAGAGAACGCUGCUCAAUGCUGUUCGCCAGCACCUGAAGAGGUCUAACUACCAGAACUUCAGCUCACUACUGGAAGCCUUCAGAUUCUAUGACAAGACGAAACGGGGGAAACUAGAUAAGGAGGACCUGAAGGAGGCCUGCCGCCACUUUAACAUGAUCAUCAGUGAACCGGUGCUCGAUGACCUCAUGGAUCACUGUGACGUUGAUAAAGACGGACUGAUCGACUUUUUGGAGUUUUCCAAUUUUCUAAAUUGGAAAGACAAAAUGGCAAUAAACAGUGCGGAGCAGAAGAUUCUCACAGGAGAGCGAAUGGCAUGGACGACCCCAGCCAACAUAAGAGAACAGCAGAGAACAGGCCUUCAGGUAUCUGAUGCUGUUAAUGUCUUGAUGAGACCUGAGGACCUAGAGCCUGUUGAGGUGGGGUGCACCAGGAAGACCCCUAAAACCCUAUCCAGGCCGAGAUCUGUGAAGGACAGUUUCAUCACCUCCUCUUCCGUCAUCAAUGCUGUCGUGGGUGGACAUCCUACUAUCGACUAUCAGACGUGUGGAGUGCCGUCAGUCCGGAGGGAUCUAGCCGCCCCUCGUAUCAAACGCAUCAACGACAGGAGGAACUACGGCGAUGAAUCAACAGUGUAUGAUCUGCUGCACCCACCCGUGUGUUCCCUUUACGGAGUGUAUGAAGAACAGCUUUUUGGUCCUCGUGAAAAAGACGAGAUAGCACAGAUAUUCCAAAAAGUAGGUGUGACGUUUUCGGAUGAGAUCUUCGAGGAGGCCUGGAAGCUGGCGUCAAUGAGACAUCCCACCGGUGAUGUAUGUGUGGAGAGCUUUCGAAACGUUCUCUGUGAACUACAGGCAUGUUAAACUCGACACGUCCGUAUUUUUCUUGUCCGUCAGGAAUACGUUUGAAAUACACAAGCAUAUUUCAAUAGUGUGAUUCUUAAAAAAAUGAACGUUCGCCUUAAAGUCCCAGUGAAAAUAAAAAAUGACAAUGCCUAUGAAUGCCAUGAAAUAUUGCAGCGUUUUUUGUAAAUAGUUUGUCAAUGUGGGUCAUUCUCUUUUUUUACAUCACGUAUGUUGAAACAUCCAAAAGAAAGCAUACUUGCACUUCUAUCAAGUUAAGUGAUCUUAUGAUUCCUUUAAAGGCAGUUAUUACAGCAUUUAGACUGCGAAAAGAAACCAUACUCACGGAGGUUUGAAGAAUUCUGACUUCUGUCUGUUAUUAGUUCACAUCCAUUAUUGGGUCAGCGGUAAUUUCCGCCCUGUUAUUUGUUUAAUUGAGUCUCCUGUCAAAUGAUGCGAGGGGGCCCGUCUGCAAUAAAAAGUGCCCUCAUGAAGCAUAAUAAUAGUUCAGCUUAGUAAUGAAUUUUUGCCUCCCAGGAUCCCAUUAUUGAGUUUACUUGGAGGACGUGCUGCAUUUAGAGUUACAGAGAGAUGGAGAUUGCUGUCAAUUACCAUAUACCCCCAUAGGACCGUAUCACACAGUCUGUGUGCGUGCACUUUCUCAAAUAUUGUUUGGGCAAACUUUGUCAUCUAUUAUGAAUGAUGGUCGAAAGACAUCUGUUCUAGAAACGCAGUCUGUCUAGAUUUUAAUAUUGUUUUAAAGUCAACCAGUAAACCGACCGUAUAAAACCUGUAUAUAACUUCUGUGCAACAUAAAAGGAAGAUAUUUUGAGAAAUGUCUCUGUGGUUUUGUAUUCAUAUAAUGGAAGUCAUUAGGGGUCGGUGUUGUUUGGUUGUCAACAUUCUUCAAAAUGUCUUCUUUUGUGUUCUGCUGAAGAAAGAAACGCAUUAUAGGUUUGGAAUGACAUGAGGGUGAAUAAAUGAUUUUUUUGGCUGAACUAUCCCUUUAAAUAUAUAGACUGAUAUGCUUUAUUCAGAAA